UGCACUAUUAAAGUAAAGAUACUGCAAUAAUCACUUGAUUCUUCUAUUAAAGAUCGUAUUUUUUUUGCUAAAUUCUUGGAUUUCUUUUGACGUUUUCGUAGUGGUAAAAUCUCCAACUUCCUCUGCAAAAAUUAAUUUUGAUAAAUUGCAAAACAAUAAAAUCUGAUCCAGAAUUUUAGUCUUGCCAACCACACAUUAAUCUCUCUCUCUCUCAACAAGGAAGAAAUAUUAUGGGAAGGUUUCUCUGCAGACACAAAUCAGGAUUAGCAGAAACAGUGUCAGUUGAUUAAUUCCUUCCAUUCUCUUCUAAAUGGUUUCUUUAUUAUUGUUUAAUUCUUAGAUUAAUUAUUUCUGCAUACAUAAUUUUUUAAUUUUACUUUGUUGGGUUUAUGCACAAAGGAAGAUAAUUUGUUGGUGGUGUGGAAAGAAGUGUGGGCUGAAUAUUAUGUAUAUUUGUUUUUUUUGUUGCUUUAAUUCGAAAGUUUGGAUCUUGAAGCUGAAUUGUAGUUUUUUGAAUAACCGUACAGAAUUCAGUGUGAAGAUUGAAGAUAAUCUGAAAUGCUGAUUAGAUUUUGGUUAGUAUUUGGGGAAUAAUCUUCUUUGUUUGUUAGCAUUUCAUUUCCCCUAUUUUUCUUGGAAGAUAAAGAUUCGAUUUUUAUUCCUCAAAAAUUGGGGAAAAAUCUUCUUGGUUUCUUAGCAUUUCAUUUAGAAGAUAAAGGUUCGAUUUUUAUGUUCAUUUCAAAAAAUUUGGGGGAUUUCUAUUUGUGGGAAAUCAGUGAAUAAAGAGAUUCUUGGUGAUUUGGAUUUGGGGGUGAUUAGUAGAUAUGACAAUGGAGGAAAAAGGAGUGAGUGAAGCAUCAGAGCUGAGGGUGGAAGAAGACGAAGAUGACUUCAAGAGCUGCUGCGAAGACGAGGAUGAAUUGGAUUUGAAGGAUAAGGAAGACAACGUGAAGGUGGAUUUAGAUGAAAAUGUAGUUAGGAUAUAUUUUAAGGGUGUGUCUGUUGCCUGCCCUGGUGAUUCGGGCACUAGGAUGUCGGGAAUCGGGGUGGUUAUGGAUAGGCCAGGGUGUUCAGCCCCGGUUCGGAUCCAGAAGAAGCUCGAUUUCUACGUUGAUGAGCCGGUUGCAGAGUGUUUGGCAUUGCUGGAUGGUUUGUCCGAGGCUAUACAGCACGAGGCGAAGCGCGUUUUCGCCUUCACAGAUUCUGAAAUCUUGCAUAGUCAGGUUGUUGAGAGUCCUCUUUUGGUGGCAUUGAGGCAAAGGAUCAUGGAACAAGCAUGUAAUCUCGAGGCGUUUGUGUUAAAACUCGUCCCGACUACUGAUCUAGAGAACGCGUUAGGUUUAGCCCGAGUUGCUGUUGGUAUAGUCUCCUCUUGUGGUGGUAACGUUGAGGAGUCAAUGGAGAGCUGUUCGAUUUGUUGUGAGGAGAAGCUCUCGUCGAUGAUGCUCUCGUUCAAAUGCUCCCACGAGUUCUGUUCCCACUGUAUGAAAACGUACGUCGAGGGUAAAGUGCGUUGCGGUCGAGUGCCAAUCAGAUGCCCUGAAUCGGGAUGCAAGUAUUGUAUCUCGGCUUCCGAGUGCAAACUGUUUCUCCCUGUUGCCUCGUACGAGUCUCUGGAGAGAGCCCUCGGAGAAGCAAAUGUGUUGAGCUCGAACAAGAUGUAUUGCCCGUAUCCUAAUUGCUCGGUGCUGCUUGAUCCCCGCGAUUGCUUGUCAUCGAGCCAGUCGGACAACAGCUGCGUGGAGUGUCCUGUCUGUCAAGGGUUCGUCUGCGUUGACUGUGAGGUCGCGUGGCAUUCCUCCUUGACCUGCGAGGAGUACCAAAGCCUCCCGUUGGAGGAGAGGGACGCGUCCGAUUCGACCUUGCUUCGUCCGGCUCGGAGCACGAGGCGCAGAUGCUGCGAGCGUUGCAGGACAAUGAUCGAGCUAACUCACGGUCGCAACCACAUGAGAUGCUGGUGCGGUCAUGAGUUCUGCUACUCGUGCGGGGAGGACUACGGGGAUGGGAAUCGGACGUGCCAGUGCGCUUUUUGGGAGGACGACUUCGCGGAAGGGAUGGCCGCGUACCCUUCCCAGCAGCUGGAGCAGUGGGCGUGGGACUCGUUCGAGCCGCUCCCGAUGGCAAUGGGCGCGUACUCGGAUCAAGAGCGGUCGCAGCUGGCGCUGAUUCAGAGGUUCCUCGCCGGGGGGUUCAGCUUGGGCGACGAGGAUCCACAUCAAGCCCUUCCGCAGUGCACGGACUCGUAUGCGGACACGAUGAAGGAUCUGCGUCAGCUGCCUUGGCUCGAGAGGUUCGUCUCGGUUAUAAGCGACGACUUCUACGAAGACUACAUACAAUGAUGCGAGAUAUAGGAGAGGAAGAGCAACUCACUCUCACUCCUUUAGCAAUUAGCGCUGCUUUCUGUGUCGUUUUAGCUCCGUAUACCGAACUCGUGCUCGUGUUCGUGUUCGUGAUGUUUAGAUUACGUCGGAUGUAUAAUGGUGAACAGAUGUUUGCUUUAAAACCAAAAGAGAUCACAAUUGAUUGAUUAUUCACUAUUUGAGUUA